CAAUGUGGACGUUUAUUUCCUGGUUUGUCUAAGAUAAGGCAUCAGCUUUUAAUAACUCGUGGUUUUACCUGUAUUACCUGAAUCACGGUUAAUGAGGUCAUAAUUACUCUGACAGCCUAAUCAAAAGAUGCCUAGUAUGUCUACUGUGUUUCCCUCUGGAAAAUAACAUCCUUGACAGGCCGCAACAUCACUUUCCACAGGCGACACAUAAAGCUCAAAACGUUUGUUGACAAGACUAAAGUAAUGGCAGAAUUGAAACCGAGCUUUGCCAUGGACCCCAUGACUGUGGAGGACGACAUCUGCAUCCUGCGGCAUGAGACGGCGUAUUCCACCGCCGAGAGCCCGGUGUCCGUGUGCUCUGGGGACGAGUCGGUGGCCUCGCACUUCGCCCUGGUCACCGCUUACGAGGACAUCAAGAAACGACUGCGAGACACAGAGAAGGAGAACGCUGGGCUCCGGAAGAAGGUCAGACAGCUCGAGGAAAAGCUGUAUAAGCCUGAGGGCCCCACUGCUGAGGGACCACAGUACGUGAACAAAGCCUUCAGCGCUUACCGGGGUAUCUACAUGGAGAAGAAAGACCUGCAGAUGGAGCUCAACAAAGUGAAGAGAGAGAAGAGUGAGUCUGAGAAGAUGCUUACAGAGCAGCUGCAGGCCCAAGAGUUACAACUCCUGCAGCUGAGGACGGAGGUGGAGACUCACCAAGUGAUGAAGAGCUUGAGCAGUCCGCAGGAGCACUGGCAGGUGGAUCAGGUUAACAGCGGGCUGAAAAUCCACAACCUUCAAGAGGAGCUGGACAGAAUGACGAGGCUCUGCAGGCAGCUGCAGGAGAGUUGCAAGGAAAAGGAAGAACUUUCCAACAGUGUGGUAGAAAGUGGUCAGAAGAUGGAGAAGGAGCUGAGUGACGGGAACGCAGGGCUCCUGCAGUCGUACGGUGAGCUGCAGACUGAAAUGUCCCGCGUGCGUGAGGUGGCCAAGCUGCAGGCCGAGAUGCUGAAGAAGCUGAAGGACCGGCCGCACGCCGCUCACAGACGAGCUGCCUCCACCAUACCGAUGCAGUGCCUGGAUGACGUGGAGAGGAACAGCCGGAUGGUCCGAAUCGCAGCGCCGCGGCCCCCCAGCGCCCCCCCCAUCCCCUCCAGCGAUGGCCGUCCCUGUCCUCCCAAGGGCCCGCCCCGGGGCCCUCCCAUGCUGGAGCGGAUGGAGGAGGACUGCUGGACCAGCCCCAGACCGCCCCCUGUAGGCAGCGCCGCCGUCCAGGCCCCGCCCUCCCCCAGCAGGCUGUCCCUGGAGGACAGUUCCUGGUCCUUCCCCUCGCCCCCCAAGCCCAGCGAUGCCCUGUUCUGGGAGAGCCCUGGCUCCUCUGCCAGGGGCCCAAAGACCCCCAGCCAUGACCGUGACUGGCUCAGUCCCUACUAAGACCCCCAACUACCCCCUACACUCCACCUGCCUUAAACCAAACCCCAACUUCCUCCCCACCAAACCCUGGCUGGGCUUUGCUGAGGGACAUCCCAAUCCCCCCUUAUGCUACCGUCAGGUCUCCUGUGACGACGAGGACACCCCAAACAGGAGCCCUGUCCCCUGUGGCAGAUCAGACACAGAAGGAGGGUGGUGAGAACAGCAACAGUCAAAGGUGUAGCAGUCAAAAUGCCAAGUCAUGACCAUGAGAACAGGGUGUAAACGACAGAGAACGCAUUUUUAAUGUAAUCUCUUAUCCUUGAUUGCUGAGGGUAAUCACAUGCUUAUAUACAUUUUGUCGCUUAUUUGUAAUAUUUAAUCAUUCGCAUCUGAUCCCCAUCCCCCCUUUCAGUCCUUCUUGUGCAGUUAUCCCAAAAUACCGAAUCUAAAUUGUUUGGUCAGUGUGGAAGAAGCUGUAUAUGUAUUAUUGAACUAUUACUGGCAGAAAAGUGACGGUGAUGGUGAAUAGAGCAGGUGUGAGCUAUGGGAUGUGUGUGUAUGUGUGUGUUCUGGUGCAGAAGGUCUUUAUAAACUAGACCUCUAUGCCCAGUGGUAUACGACCAGUGGUCCUGCUGCCCCUCUCACUCAUUGCACCUCACCUAAAACAUAGCCAUUGUGGAACAGCUGCUGUCGCUCUGGGUCUCCACCUGUAGUCAUCUUCUGACUACCGGCUUGCAUUAGGUCACAUCGUAAGUCUGACCUUUGACCUUCGGAACAGACCACACUUACACUACUGUAUGUGGUAUAGUAGGCCUUUUCUGAAGACACGGAUGCAGACACGGCUAAAGCCUGUGUCUUGUCCAGUGUGCCCCUGCCCCCGCCCCCCCAGGGCGUUGUGUGCAUGUAAUAACACUGUGGGCAGGCAGGAGGCAGCUCCAUUCCAGUCUAUAUAACCCAGAGCCCAGCAGGGCAGCGUUCUGCAUUCCACUCUGUUCAUCUACAAACCAUAACAGUGGGAGUGUUGUGAAACUCUAAACUGCCCACGUUCUACAUGUAGUGUUUGAAGAAAACCCUUUGGAAAUGAACAGAAAAAAAUGAAAGCAAAUGCACGCUCUUCAAAUACUACUCUUCCCCAGCUAGCUGGCUGCUCUCUGGCUGUUUUCUGCCUUAUUGCUGGCUGUUAACUGUAUCCAAAGCAAUAAGCAGUCACAAUUACUUUUUUUGGUAGGAAGGAUCUCUCCUCAGUAGAUGGGAAACAUCUUCAGCAUGUCCAUGUGAAUACCUAAAUGAGCACCUGUGUUUAAUGUGUAAAAAACAAAAAACAAAAAAACAUUUGUAUUACUGUAAGUAAUGCAGAAGCCCAAACACCACUAUAUGUUGUCUAGUCUAACAUGUUAUGUCUUGAGGCCAUGUUUGCACCAGUAAUUACAAACGGUAAAAUAAUUUAUAAUUCAAAAUGGCCGCUAAAGCUGGUGGUGUUGCAUUUGGAAGGGGCUCAGUGACACUCACUGUAGUUGUGUGGGCCUAUUACUGCAGUCUCUUCAGUUUAGCACUACAGUGUCCAGCAGACACAACCCCCCCCUCGCCCCCAAAUCUUCCUCUCCUGGAGAGUUAGCGGCAUCCCAAAUGUGAGUUUGACUGGAAAGAAUUGCGAUAGCAUUUUAAGACCAAAUGGGCAUUUUUGCUAGGGUUCGGAAAUCAUACUCGCUGUCCGAAUUUAUGCACUUUUCUUGUGACAGAGUAGAUAUAGUAGACAGGCACUAGGCAUAAAACAUUAUUGACAUGUACAGGACCAAAAUUAAGGGGAAAUUAUUUUAAACAUCAAUUGUCCUUAGCGUGAUGGCGGUUCUGUUCUCUAGGAAAAAAGGUUUGUUUUAUUUACAGACUGAAAGAUUCACAAAUGCAGCCCAUGGUGAGAACUUGGCACCCCCAAGUUUUACUGCCCUGAGGUCAUAGUGCAGAGGUGAGUCCUGCUGGUAUUGUAAGGAAUUAUUAGCAUUGCUUUUAUCUGUGGUAUAAUUACAAAAUAAAUCCCAAUGAAAGGGUUUGGUGAGAACAUUGCAGGCGAUCUUGCAGGGGUGGCCAAUAUUGAGCGUUUACCAAGCCGCACCCCUCCUUCUGCCCUGCAUACCUCCAUGGUCAAGCCAGUCAUACAAAGCCAUGUCAGUGCUGCAAAAAAUGGGAUUCUUCAUUUCAAUUAAUCGUUUUCCCCUUUCAUUUGACCUGGAAGGACAUGUUUUCUGAACUCCUAAGGGGUUGGUAACAAUGGUUUAUUUUGAUUUAAUUUCCAAUUAUUAAUCAUUAGCCAUUCUGUAUUGAGAUCAGAAGGACACUUAUUUCUUUGUUUAGGGUUUUGGUUGUUGUGUUUCAUUUACAGCUGUUGAGUUCAAUUCUACUGCGGAAAGAUUUGUGAAACCAAAUGCAAUGUACAGUAGAUAUAGAUUAUAUUUUAGGACUACUCCACACAAGACAAACCAUUUGUAAAUAAUUGUAAAUUGAAUAAAUUAAUGUGAAUAUA